UAGAAGAUUGUCCGUUUAGGUGCCGGGCGGUGACUGGUUUGAAACGAAGUAGGGCGGGCAUUGGCGGACAGCGGACGUGCGGAGAGCACCGGGCCCCUAUACUUGCUGAGCUGCGCGACAUACACGUGUUUUGCCAUCUGUCAGAGCUGUUAUGAUGAACCCAUGUUAUGGAUCAAAACACAGGCACUCAUAGCCAAUUCAAGAAUAUCAGCAUUCAGGUGUCUCUGGUCGCGGCCCUGCUCGCCGCCCUGUGGUGCGUGACUCCAUACGUGCUCGCCCCCGCGCCGGCCACUCCGCCGCCCGCCAUGCCACGCCUGCUCAGCGUCGACUUUGAGGUGUUCGGCCGCGUGCAGGGCGUCUUCUUCCGGAAGUACACGCAGCAGGCGGCGCGCCGGCUGGGCGUGGUGGGAUGGUGCCGCAACACGCCCCGCGACACGGUGGAGGGCCAGGCGCAGGCGGCCGCGCCGGUGCUGGCCGAGAUGAAGCGCUGGCUGCGCGAGGUGGGCAGCCCGCAAUCCAAGAUCGAGCGCGCCGAGUUCCGCAACGAGCGCGAGGUGGCCGAGCUCGACUACCAGGGCUUCACCGUCAAACACUGACACCGGCGGCGGUGGCGCACCGUCGCCUCGAGGCGCCGAGCUCGACCGCCAGGGCUUCACCAUCAGGCACUGACGGGCAUAUUGGUCUGACUGGGCACCGCCUGUCGUCACGUGCCACGAUGUCAGCAAGACAUAGUGGGUAUUGAUUUUUGUGUUCUCGGGCUGUUGGCGCUAUGGCAUGCAAUGCAAUGUCAGCUUGGCGUUUUCAUAAAAUGUAACUCAGCCUUCAUGCAAUUGUCAGGUUUGUUUAUCUGUUGUGUUGUGGUUCAUGUUCACCUUCCUACUUGUGCUUAGUUCAGACAGCAUGAGCUAGUCAGUUCGAGAGGAAUGUCAACAAUAGUUGCGAAUAGAAUCAGGCAGCUGGGUUUACAUUGCAGGGGAGGGCUUCCAGUGAAUAAAAACCAGACGUGGGCUCA